UCACCAGGAAGAGAAGACUUGGCGACAGAAGAGACCGCACAGGACCUGACUUGGAGUUUUUUGUUUUUUUGUUUUUGUUUUUGCUUUUGUUUUUUCCUACUAUUCCUCUUUAUCAAAACCAAAGGAGGGAAUGAAUUUUAAAAGAAAAAUGCUGUCACUAAUCUUGCUUGCUUUAUUGCUGGCAUUGUCUAAGCACCACCACAGAAUAAAGAAUCAACUGCAGAAGAUGUACAUCUGUUGGAAUGAUCAUUUGGAAGAACCUCAGCUCUCAGCCUGGUUUGAUCCAAAAAAACGUCCUGAUGUUAUAGCAACAACUGGUUGGCUCGCUCCGGUCAUAUGGGAAGGAACUUAUAAUAGACAAGUUCUAGACAAGUAUUAUAAGAGACUGAACAUUACCAUAGGCUUGGCUGUCCUUGUUACUGGAAACUUUACAAGACAGUACCUGAAACACUUCAUAAAAUCUGCUGAUAAAUACUUCAUGGUUGGCUACAAUGUUGUCUUUUACAUCUUGAUGGACAACGUCUACAGGCUACCGUACUUAGAGUUGGGUCCUCGUCGGUCAUUUAAAACAUUUUUUCUAUCUGAUAGAGAUUACUAUCAAGACCCUAUUCUCAGAAGCAUGAAGAACAUGGAAAGUAAAAUCAUACGUCACAUCCAGUAUGAAGUCAACUUUCUCUUCACUAUGACUUCGAACCAGAUCUUCAAGAAGGACUUUGGUGUUGAAACCUUGGGCCAAUCUGUAGCUCAACUCCACUCAUGGUGGUAUUUUAAAACUCCCAAAGAUUUCCCUUAUGAGAGAAGAGUUAAGUCAGCAGCCUUCAUCCCCUUUGGCCAGGGAGACUUCUAUUACCACAGUGGUAUUAUUGGUGGCACACCCAGUAAUGUUUUAACUUUCAUUACACAAUAUCUAAAGGGAAUUGCAGAUGACAGAACAAAUGAACUUGACAGCACAUAUGAAAGAUACCUAAAUAAAUAUUUUUUAAUCAAUAAGCCCACUAGGGUGUUAUCACCAGAGUACAACUGGAAUCCAAAAUUUAAAACUCCUCCACAGAUAAAGCACAUUAAGGUAGUAUGGCUGUCAUAAAUCACUUGAAGGUCGUGCCAUGAGGUUUAUGAAUUGACAAGUAAAUAACAGGAUGCUCAAAUAUAAAACCUGGGACAUUUACAAAAAUGCAUAAUCUUCCAGAAUAAAUUAUUUAUCUUUGAAAUUGUAA